AUGAAAAUACUCGUUGCCGUCUUAUUCUUCCUUACCAUCAAUGUAGCUGCCGAUGGUCGUAUGUUAUUGCCAGAAAUCCGAAAUAACUUCCGGAAUGCAAGCUUACCAGCAAAACAUUACCCUUGUGGAACCGAUGAUGGUCCUGGAAAAGUUUUAACAACAUAUACUACUAAUCAAAUCAUAAAGGUUGAGUGGGGCAUUGAGAAAGCUUUGGAUGGUACUUGUUUUGUCGAUUUGUCAACAACCGGAAAAGAUAAUGCCUUUCAAAACAUUCAUAUUAUGCCAAAUUGUGCAGAUCAAGUUGCCAAUUUUGAAGUCGAUGUACAACUUCCUGAAUAUACAACUUGCGAACAUUGCACACUUCGCUUUAGCAAAACCACAAAAUACACAAGAUUAUGGUAUAUUAAAUUUGAAGAGUUCGUUAAUGACACACAACCUGCUAUUGAUUUGUUAACAUUUUUAACAAAAGGGUUUGCAUUAUUGUGUGAAUUUAUUGUUGUG